GGCUUCCUACCAGCAGGCUGCUGACAGCCCCAGUGCAUCACGGGAGUUGUAGUCCUUUUUUUAGACAUCACUGUCAAUGGCUGCCUGCAGUGUGACAUUUCAAUGGUAGGAGAUACUCUGUCUGUCUUUAGAUAUAACAUUGUAAUACAAAGUGCAUAAUUACACUCUGUGUGUGUAUAUAUAUAUAUAUAUAUAUAUAUAUAUAUAUAUAUAAAAAAAAAUUACAUUUUUUUUUCAAACAAGUACAUUUUAGUUCUGUUUAUAAAAAUGUGUUAACCUUCUUAACCUCUUAAGGACACAUGACAUGUCAUAAUUCCCUUUUAUUCCAGAAGUUUGGUACGUAAGGGGUUAAUAACAGAACAGAAACUUUUCACUUUUCCAAAACCUUCCUGCCAGUGAGAAACUGAAAGGAAGGGUCAUGGUGCAUUAAUUUAGGAGUUUUAACUAUAUGAAAUCAAUAUUUAACAGAUUUUAUAAUAUUUAAACCUGGCAUAUCUGUGUUUUAGACCGUUACAUUCCUCCCAGUUUAAUCUUUUAUCUGUGCUUUUAAAUGCACGGUCACUGUUGUGUGGUUUUCAUUUUCUUAAACAAACAAUUCUACAUUUUUAUUUACAUUGUAUGCUAGCCAGUCAGAGCAGACAUUGCAAAUUAAGUUACCCUCCCCAUGGUUGCUGUGUGGGGGCAUGUAUGAAUGUACUGUACUACAGGUGAAAUAUCCAACUGUACAUGCUUUUGCAUAGUCCUAUCUAAGCAGAAGCCAAGUAUGCCCAGAGUGUGCCUGGUAAGUAUAUUUUACACUUACCUCUGCUGCCCUCCCCAGCGUCUUUUUAGCCCAGCAGCUCAAUACAUUGCUGGCCACUAGAUGCGCUUCCGUAAGAUAGCUGUGUAAACUCUGCUGUUCCUACCAGAUGGUCUCAGAGAGUCCCAUGUGAUGGGGACAGCGUGGUGUUUUGCUGCACAUGUGCACUUCGUCCCAAAGCAUUCCUAUGGGAAAAUAUUGGAUUGGCUAAGAUCAUCGAUCUCGAUGAUCUCAUCCAGCGAGGUAAAGCAGAACGUCAGAGACCAGCAAGUUGAGGGAGAAAAAUUAAAUCUUCUUUUUAACCCUGGCCGAGGGUUCCUGGUCACCGAAACAAUGAGUAGAGCUUUAUAGCGUUUGGAAUAAAUAUUUGCAAGUCUUUUUGUAGUGUUUACUGGGUUAUGGUUUGAAGAACGAUCACUAGACCGUUCCUCUUUAAAACUCUUUUUAUUGUUUUAUCUACAAAUUGCAGCUGUAAUGACCUGUUUACAUUUUUAGACUAUAAAAUUUAAAUUGAUUUAGAAACAUUUGUUUUUGUGCCAUAUUAUUUUUGUUUGAGUGAUUUUGUCUUCAUUUCUCCCAAUAGGAUGUAGCCAUUGUAACUACGGACACUGCUAUAAACCUUCAAUGACUACAUUUUUAUUUGGACUCUUGCACUGUUUUUUAAACUGAAAUUAAUUACUUUCCUAAAUUAAAAGAAAUCAAGAUGAAUAACACCUUAAAGCAUUGGAGAGAAGCUGCUACUCUGAUACUUGCAGCAGGCUCUAAGCAUGGAAACAUAUUGCCAAAAAUUCAAAAUAUGGUUCAGCAAUCCUGGCCACAAAAUCCUAAUAAAACCCCUUUCGACUAUGAUGUUCUCUUAUUGAAGCGCAGUCAGAAUAGUGGGUUCAUGCCAAAUACUUUCGUGUUCCCAGGCGGUCUUGUUGAGCCAUCAGACUUCUCCAAUGAUUGGAUAAAGGUGUUUGAAAGAUAUCAACAACAACCUAACUUUGGACUGGGUUUGGUGAAACAGCACCCCAGUACUAGGCCUCCUAUGUUUGUCACCGACAGAACUCAGUUUGGAUCUCUGAUUCCUGGGGAGGUUGCUUUCCGGAUCUGUGCCAUCAGAGAGACGUUUGAAGAAUCUGGAAUUUUGUUGGUGGUUCCUGAGAACUCAGACGUGAAAGUCAUCCAGAACACCAUGGGGGUCUAUGAACAUGAUCAAGAGUUACUUUCCAAAUGGAGACAGGAAGUUCAGGACAACCCUUUCCAGUUCAUCCAGAUGUGCAAAGAGAUGCGUUGUGUGCCGAACAUCUGGGCUCUAUAUGAGUGGAGCAACUGGCUAACUCCAGUAAUACCCAAUAGUUCAAGUCUCAGACGUUAUGAUACAGCUUUCUACAUUUGCUGUUUGGAGAAAAGGCCACGUACCAGUGACGACCAGAAAGAAAUCACUUCCUUCAAGGUGAGUGCAUUUUCUGAUCACGUUUAUUGACCUAUCACAGAAGAGUGCAUUAAAAAAAGAUCGCUCCAUCCUGUUGUCUGAGAAACAUUGCGGGGGUAGUGUACAUGCGUAGAAAAUCGUUGCACUGUGCCAGUCAGCUUCUCAUCAUAUAGGUGUAUUAUUGAGUCAAAACCUCUCUCUGUUGAGCUUUCGGCAUAUCCAUGCAGAACGUGGAGACACUGGAUGUCCAUCCUGCAGUCUUUACAGGAUCUAACCCAAGAUGUCCCUCUAGAAGCCGUCGAAGUGAGAACCACUAGAGGUUGCAUUAGGCAGCAGCGUUAACAUUUACUUUUUCUCAGAAUAGGCAGCAUUUUACAUUGCUGAAGCUGCAGGGACAGGCUAUUUGCACCACAACCACCACAUUAAGCUGUAAUGGUUCUGUGUCUGUAGUAUCCCUUUAAUACAUUUAGAAAUUCUGCACUAGAAUAAACUGCAAACAAUGAAUUACAAAAAAUAAACAUGAAAACGAUAUGUUGGAAUGUCCUUCAUUUGCUGCAAGUCUGCAGAAACUGUAAAGUGUCUGGCAUUGUUUAGACACUCUAGGUCCUCCCAUUAUUUGUAGUGGAGGUACUGUGCAUAUCCCAUUAGUGAGUAGUUUCAGUCAUGAAAAUGCAUAAAUGAAGCAACUUGGCAGGCCAAUAGAAGCUAUGUGGCUGCCUAUAGGAGCUUAAUUCAUGUUUUCUUUCAUGAUUUGAAACCACUUAUUUGCUAGGAUUUACUUGGAUAUUCAGAAGAACUUUUCACCUGUGACAUGGGCAAUAUUGGACGUUUUUUUUUUUUGUUUGUCAAAGUCUAUUUUCUAGAGCAAAACCCAUAGAUUAUUGGGUCAUAUGUAAACCAAGCAGAUCUUCAGAACAACGCUAACCGCUUUGCAAUCAGCAGGAACAGACCUUUGGUUUCCAUAGUAACUGCACUACUUUUAAAACUUGAAUCCAGAUUUACUUUUGAUAUACAGGUCAUAUCAUAUAUUAAACAGCAGCUGUUGAAAGACUUGGGAUAUAAGCUUGAUUCAGCGUUUUACAGUUCAACAACUGUUUUAUUUUUUACUAUUAUUCACUAAACACUGAAUAGUAGUGAAUUGACAAAUUGCUAAAUUUAGACUAAAAUAGCCAAGCUAUGAUUAUAAUGGAGUUUAAUUUUUUUUCCAUAUCAACUACUUUAGCCUUGCGUUUGCAAUUUGCUACCAUUUUGUGUUUAGCGACUAACUGAAUAAUUGAUGUAGUGGAUAUCCAUCAGUGCAACCAAAGAAAGAGAGUUGUAUCGAGGAUGUAUGUAGCUAGGAUUAUAAUAACUUUAUGAGAGCCCUGUCCCUUUAAUUAAUUUAUGUUGAAGUCUUAUCUACUUAAAUAGUUCUUAUGGACUAUACCGAUCUUUGGAGUUUGAACAGCUUGCAGACUUCGAGUUCCCUGCGUUGCUCCUAUCCGGACUUUUCUUAUCAGGGAUACCUGUCUGGGAUUGGCAGCGCUAUGAUAAGCGCAGGCACUGCCAGUCUUAUCCACUAUUUAAAUCAUAGGAAGGGCAAUUUCUAGGGGUUGGAGCAGCCUUAGCCCCGUGAUGCGAAUCCCUCUGAUAUCAGUAACCAGAGUUACAUUCCUGUACAUAUGUAGACAGAUUGCUGGAUAACAUUUGCCAUUUGUUUAGGUGCUUUAAAAGUGCACCAAUAACACAAAUAGUAUGUGUAAAACAAGGUAACAAAAUAAAAUUGUACAAAUUUUUAAAUGGCGCUUGACAGGGAGACUGACCAGACGUCAUUUCUGGCUGCUCCCGAUAUUUUAGCAAAAUCCACUUAAAAUCCCUACUUCUCGAUGGGGGCGUGGCCGACUACGGAGCUGAACAGUCGCAUAUCUGUGGAGCUCCGCUUCGGCCCCACAGAUCAAGAGUCAUUACACAGAGAAAUUCGCUCCAAAACCACACAGCUUACCUGCCACCUGACAGCUGACAACAUGGGGCACAAACAUAGGAAGCAAACCCACAUGGAGCGACCCGCGGCACCCGACAUCAGGCUUGCAUUCCAGAGGCCUACACAGUCGCGGCCUGCCAAGAUGGCGCCGGAGCCGCAGAGAGAGCUGGAGACCUCUGACGAAUCACAAAAAGAGAGGGACUCCCAAACCUCACCACAACCCGAUGAUAACCCUCACAGGUCUGACUCGGAGGAUGAUGACUCUCCAUCCACAAAAGGGGACAUCAGAAGACUGCUGACAGACCUCAGACUGGUCUGGAAGGCCGAUUUAAAGGAGACCCAAGCUGAAAUAGGGGUCCUACAGCAAAGAGUAAGGGAGGUGGAAGCCAGAGAAAGAUCCAGAGACAACCAACUCCAAGACACCAAGCAGCAGCUGGACGGACUUGCUGAGCAGGUCCAGUGCCUACACGGGACAGUGGUAUCACUUGAGUCCAGACACCGCCACCACAACAUACGCCUCAGGGGCAUCCCUGAAACAGUGGGCGGAGAAGACCCACUGCCUUUUGUCCAGAGACUUACCUCCUCAAUGGGCCUCAGGUGUAACCAGACACCCCACUGAUACUAGCCACCUUCCGAGUGCGCAAAUCGCCAGCAGCACCUGCAGGUGCCCCCAGAGACACGAUAGCUACCACCAGAGACGUAGCGGCGAGAGCCGCCAUCAUGGCCAGUUCUAGACCACGUGGGUCAGUGAAAUUUGAGGGAUGCGAAGUGGCCAUGUACAGUGACCUUCCUUUUGCUGUACUGGCCGCAAGGAGACAACUUGUACCAGUCGCCAAGAGACUGAGAGAGCACUCCGUCCGUUACCGGUGGGGCACGGAGGGGUCACUGGUGGUGCAACAGGGCACCGACAUAUUCACUCUGACCGCAGGGGAAGACCCAGAAACAUUCCUCAAAAAGCUAGGCGUGGUAGCCAACGGGCACAGCAACUGAACUGAGAAACGCAACAUUUAGUUAUCAUAACAUUGCUAUUUAUGUGUUUAUAAGUUCAUAUGGUUCUUAGGAGUUUCUUCGUACUCUUAACUCAAAAUCCCUACUUCUCGAAACCAUCCAGCUUCCUGAACAUCGGGUCCAGGUGGAGGGGCUCCCGCUGCAUUGCUCGAUGCCAUUUUUGUAUACCCCAAAGCUACCGAAACGCAACGGCAGAGACGCUGCAGCACCGACCCGCUAACGUCACACCAGCAAUGGGGCACUGAUUGCUGAGACCCCACCCAGGCACCUCGACCGACCAGCGAGAUAUCAGAGCCUUGCUCCAGCAGCAAGCCCCAACCAAGAUGGCAACCACAGAGGACCCAACAGUUCCAGCAGCCUGUUACUUACCACUUUCGGCCUCCUCACGAACACUGGCCUCGCAGGUGGACACUCAGCUGUUGACCAUAGUAGCAAAUGGGGGUACAGAACCUGCAACUAAGCAAGAUCUACAACACUUGCAAAUUAUGCUGCAGGAAAUCCAGAGCUUGCUGACUACAGACUUGCUUGCUCUCAAAACAAGCAUGCAACAGGUAUCAGAAAAGAUGAAGGCCACAGAAGGGGAUGUAAGGGAAAUCCGGGGUGACAUGUCCACAAUGAACGACUCCAUACUCCAACUACAAACUACUCGACAAGCCCUGUCCCUGCAACUCUCAGCACAAGAAGACAGAUAUCGCCGCUACAAUGUGAAGAUCAGAGGCAUACCAUCAGCGAUUGCAAACGAAGAACUGCCACACUAUAUACGGCAAAUCCUGGCCUCAAUAUUACCACCUGCCACAGCAAAAAAAAAAAAAAAAAUCAUACUCUCUGGGAUCUACCGCCUCCCUAUACCGGCACAAACUGCCGCACCUACUGCUGGAGAUGUCAUUCUUCGCUGUUCAUUACCCCAAGACAAGGGACAUAUCAUGACCGCAGUAAGGGGUAAAACGCCACUUUUCUUUGAGGACUCACAAUUGACUUUCUACCAGGACCUGACUAAGUCCACACUACAAUGGAGAAAGUCCUUAAACGCAGUCACCAGCCGCCUACGCUCUGCAGGAGUGACCUAUAGAUGGGGGACGCCAAGAGCCCUUUUCUUCACUCACAGCAGGACUACUGAGAUCCAUUAAUCCAUGUUCUCAGUCUUUGCAAAAUAUGCAAAUGAAAAGUGUUACCCUACAGUAGGUAGCAUUCAUAUACUGUACUGCAGGAAAGGAAUAAUUAUUCAAUAAACAAAUUUAAAACAAAAAGGGAAUGAUUUAUUAAAGCAAGAACAGGUUCUGUUCAGGGCUAAAAAGCUAAGUGUGGUGAAAUCACCAUGGAAACCAAUAGAAUGUAUUUCAACAUUUAGCACAUGUAGUGGUUAUGGUGCUUAGAGUAUUUCUUUAAUGGAACAAAGAUUUUUCUAGAGAUCCUUUACAUCUGAUAGAAAUGUCAAUGCCAUGUAAUGGUCCAUGUGUCUUAUACAGUUUAUUUUUACUAUUUAUUUAUUUUAGUGGUGGACUCCCCUGGAUGCCAUAGAGGAAUAUCGCUCCCGAAGAAUCUCGAUUGGGCCCCCUCAGUGCUAUGAAUUAAGCCGGCUGUGUAACAUGAGCCAUAUUGAUGAAUUACACAGGUUUAGUCUGCGGCGUGCUCUUGACGGCUGCGAGCAGUGGAUGACGGCCUUUGUGAGCACUGAAAAUGGCGUGGUGCAUGUAUUACCAGGUACGGUUUCCGUGAAUACAAAGCAAGGGAUUUGUCUUUUAAUGAACAAUAAAAUAUAGUAAAUUGAAAGUGAAUCAAAUUUUAGGCUAAAAGAACUAAACUGAAAACUCAGCCUGCUGGGAGAAUUUUUCCCAAUUCGGCUUUUUCGGCACAAAUGCGAAAUGUGUAAUAUUUUACCCUUUAGUGAAUUAUAUUUCUGCUUCAAGGAAGUAAAGAGAAGAUGCCCUGAAAGCUUAUUGCUACAAAUUUCUGUUCUGUCCAAUAGUAAAGAUAUUGAAGGAAACUGCAAUACCAUAUUAUUUUGUGUUUUUAUUACUGGACUAACAUAGCAACCUAAAUAUCAUGACAUUUUGUCCACUAGAUGGCACUAUAGAAUCCAAUUUCCAGAUCAUGGUUUACAUACCCUAGUAGUGGCAGACUGUGUGGGGCUUAUUCACUAAACACCAAAGACAAAUUUUCUAACUCUCCUCUAGUCACGUAUUUGCUAUUUUAGCCAUAAUUUUGCAGUUCACUAUAGUUUGUUUAGUGAAUAUAUUAUGUAAUAUUGUUUAAUGCCGUGAUAUAAAAUAAAAGUAUGAUGGGGCAGGGCCUGACAUCCAAGAUGUCCAGACGUGUUUUCCACUAGCUCCUGGCACAUCGCUCUAUAAACCAGUGACUAAAGCUGACAUUCUGACAACAGAGGUCCUGAAAUGCACGCAUGCUGUUAUUUAGAACAGUGCAACUUGAUAAAUCUGGCCCGGAAUACUCUGCUUACCAGCAUUCACGUCCUUUACCUUUGAGGCCUACUGGGCUGGUGCGCGCGGGCAGAGACCGCCAUUCUCCCGACGCAGUGUGCAAGCCUUGUGGCAGCUUCCAGGGAGCCCCGUUACCCCCCCACCCUCCCUCCUUUGGACCGGCGGGGGAUAUCCCAGUCCCCACUGGGCAAACUUUAUCCCGCUGUGCAAGAUAAUCCUGCAGCCUUUGAAGCUGCGUGGCGCGACCAAGAUGGCCACCAUGCACAAACCUCAACCAUGCCGAUCGGGCCCAGAGAGCCGGGGUGGAGAGAACACUUCAAGACAAGAUUUGAUAAUAUAUGCCGGAGGUUCUGGGAGCAUAUAACACACAGAUCUGACACACUGGCCUCCCCUGCUACACAGCAGUGCAACAUGGCCUCACCGCUGGGGCCAACACGUGUGCAACCGCUACUUAUGGUGUUCGAACGCACCUGUACCUUACUCUGGGCGAAGCUCUAUGAAAGGGCACCUAUCACUGCUCCUGUUGAACAACCUGUGGCUCCUGGAGCUGUCCUGCUACUCGCUACCACUGGCAUAAGCAUCUCCCACGUGUUUCCUGAGAGGCGCUGCACAGGAGACGGCGCAAGAAGCCGCAGCGGCGGACGGCUCCACUUCAUCCGAUGCCGUGUUCCCACUACCACUCACCUCACCAGCAAGGAGAUAAGCUUCCUUGCCUCCAGCACGACCAGCCUGAACAGAAGGUCUUUACCUUAUGCCGCUGGGAGCGCAAGACCACAAUUCUGCAACCGCGAGUCCCAGCCAAAGCCUGGGCUGUCUGUAUAGGGAGGAUCGUGAUGGACCUUUCCGAGGACUUGGGCUGCAAAUAGGGGUAUCGGUUAGGUGGCAUAUCAGUGUCUUUCACAGCUGGGAUGUUAAAACGCUGUUUUCACAGUACAUGAUACCUGCUAUCCAUCAGUUGUUUCCUUCUACUACUGUGAUCUAUUCACUCAGCUGCAGCAGCUCACUAUAGUUACCCAGUGGAAUCUCUUGCUUGCAGUUAUCUGCUUUAUAGAAUGUUUAAGUAUAUUUUGUAUGAUACAUCUCAUUGCCUAACAUGUCUAGCAAGCUCUUUGUUUCCCACCACACAGGACAGCCAUGUUCUAGGGAUUUGUGUCUCAGUGGUUUGGUUUGGUUUGUUUGUAAUUGUAUUUUUUUUCUCAUGAUAUUGCUUAAUCCAAUCACAUCUGGAUACACACUGAGAAUAUAUUAAUUUCAGCCUAGACGUGAGUGACACCUUGCACAUAUAUCCUUCUGUAUAUUCAUCUCACACUUACACUACAUUUAUGUUAUGGUUAGUUAUGUCUAAUGUUGGGACAUGUCUGUGUACUCUUCUAAUACAUCACUCACUUUAGCAACUGUAGGCUUAGCUUAUUUCACUUGUCCUACAAUGUUUUAUUUCAUAAAAAUGCGCAGUACUAUCACAUGCUAUACAACUGUCUUGCCAUGUCUUGAAAUGUUUGCCCUAGCUGUUGUGGCAAGGCAAGCCUGAUUGUCAUAUCUAUGCGCAAAUAAAAAAAAAAUAAAAAAAAGUAUGACAAGUCUGUGGUGUUGAACUGUAAAUGAGGUCUCACUUAGUUAGGGCUGAAAUUUAGCACUCCGCCAUCUUAAAAAUUCACCAGCCACUGGUCACGUGUUAAAGGAUUUUAAACUGUACCUUUUAUGACAGCCAUACUAACAAGGUUAUUCCAUAGAGUGUGAAUUCAUAGGAAUUCAAAGUCAAUUUCAGAGUUUGUGCCAACAUAUUUAACAAAAAAAUUUGAAAGGGACACUAUAGUCACCAAAACAACUUUAGCUUAAUGAAGCAGUUUUAGUGUAUAGCUCAUGCCCCUGCUUUCUCACUGCUCAAUUCUCAAUUUAGGAGUUAAAUCACUUUGAUAAUGCAGCCAUAGUAACACCUCCCUGCACGUGAAUUGCACCACCUUCCUAAACACUUCCUGUAAAGAGUCAUCUAAUGUUUACACUUCCUUUAUUGCAAAUUCUGUUUAAUCUAGGAUUACUUAUCUCCUGGUCUGUUAAUUGCUAGACCCUACAGGAGUCUCCGGUUUUUGACUAAAGUUCAAUUUACAGAGCAAGAGAUAAAAACCUCCUAAAGUUAGUAACAUCUGAUUUAAAGGAAACCUUUUUUUUUUCAUGCAGACUGUGUCAGUCAGUCAUGGGAGGUGUCAGGGGAGGGAAUUGAGCAAUGACACUUCAGCGGCAUGACCUAUUCACAAAAACUGCUCCAUUGAGCUAAAGUUGUUUUGGUGAUUAUGGUGUCCCUUAAUACUAAUUAAAGGGACUCUAUAGUCACCAGAACAACUACAACUUAUUGCAUUUGUUCUGGUAAGUAUAAUCAUUCCCUUUAGUCUUAUUGCAGUAAACAAAGUCUUUUCAGAGUAAAUGCAGUGUUUACAUUACAGCCUAGUGAUCACUCCACUGGCCACUCCUCAGAUGGUUGCUAGAGGUGCUUCCUGGGGCGGUGCUGCACAGUGUGACUCCCAUUCAAUGUCUCCACCAUCUGCAUGGAGACACUGCACUUUCUUCAUAGAGAUGCAUUGAUUCAAUUUAUCGCUAUGAGUAGAUGCUGAUUGGCCAGGGCUGUGUUUGACUUGUGCUGGCUCUGCCCCUAAUCUGCCUCCUUGACAGUCUCAGCAAAUCCUACAGGGAAGCACUGUGAUUGGCUCAGACCACCACUUCUGGUGAUGACCGCAGGCAGGUAAGAGACAGACAGGGGCAGAGCCAGCAGCUACAGGCUUGAAUACAAGUAAGAUUUUACUAUAUUUAGGGAGGUAUGGGGGAGGGGGGGGCUAGAUGGUGGUUUUAACACUACAGGGUGAGGAAUGCAUGUUACUGUAAAAACAAAUCAAGUCAAUUUCUUCAGUGACACUUCAAGCUCAAUUUCUUCAGCUUUUUCUUCAGUGACACUGCUGUAUCCCCAACUCCUAGUGUGCACGGUGGUACCACACAUGUUGGACUGAGAUGAUAGAACAGGUGGCCACCUACCUCUGUGCCAUCUUUCCUAUAUCUGACAGUAUAUAAUUUAGGCAGCCACAGGAGACUGUGUGUGCAACCCAUUGCGCACAUGCCCUAACCUGCUCCUAGGAUGCCACUGUGACCUCUCACUGCUUCAGCUCAGCGUGUCAAAUUAGAAAGGUUCUUUGUGAAAAGAGGGGGCAGUGUAUCAAUGCAGAAAGCUGCAAAACUGUUAUUUACUUUUUCAGCAAAACUAAAUCGAUUUGAUUGUGGAGAACAACAUAGUCUGAACAUGAGAUUAAAACCUGUUAAAUAUACUUACGUUGUGUUGGUACCUGUAGUAUGACUGGAGUGUUCCUUCAAUGUUUUUGGUUACUUAUUGCUUUAUUUACCAAAUAUUUUUUGUGGCAUUCUUUUGUUUUUCAUUUUGUGAGAUCGGUUUAACUUUUUGGAAUACAUUUUUACUUGGCAAAAUGUUUUAAACCACAAUAUCCUAUUAAAAACCAAAGAAAAAAAAUCACUUACUUGUGCACUAUCCCAAAUUGCUGUGUACAAUUAAAUAACGAGGUAUUUUAGUAUCACUCCAAUGGCCAUUUAAGUGUAAGCUCUCCUGCCACGUCAAGGUGAAUUGUCAGUGUAGGACUCACCUUAAAGAGUUGCCUUGCCGUGGCAGGUGAGCUGACGCCAUUGUAGUUAUACUAAAAAAACUCCAGUUAUUUAAAUGUGCAUAGGGAUUUGGGAUAGUGCGCAAGUAACUUUUGUUGUAUGUUUUGGGGCUGAUGUGAAACUACAUUUAUCGCUGCCCCCAGGAGUAGUGGGAGUUUAAGCGCAGGGUUUAAUUUUGUAUGACCGUAUCAUAUUAAGCAAAACCACCAUGUUUUGCAGGUGAUGAUUUGUAUCCAGACAAUGUUGACCCUACAGGAGAAAAGCCAAGUCUACAGACUACCAGCAAACCCGUUGAAGAUCUUUUGCAAGAGGGAAAACGUCAUCACCGAUUCCUGCAAAACAAAGGCGUUCCAAGCUUGUAUGUUAAUAUCGAACAGAAAUACAAUCAUGUGAGCCCCGUGGCCAUGAAUGCUCAUUGUGAAUGGGACCCCAAGAGCAAGAUGUGACAUUGAACUUAAUCCCAGCAUAAAAAGAAGUUAAAUUAAACUCUGGAUAGCAAUCCUGGCAUAUGCCCAUGAAUGGGAAGUUGUGUUAAUAUUGAUAAUCGAAAAAGCAAAUAGUUAAUUCUAGUUGGAUAGAUAGGGGCACCACAGAUUAGCCAUAUUGUUACUGUGUGCACCAGCUACCUCAGUUUACUGUGUUAUAAAAUAAAGAACAUUGAACGGUACAGUUCUGUACAUAUCCUUUGGGCAUGCAGUGUACAGCAAUGUUCAUUUGAUAAUGUUUAUGUCAUCUUUUCCAACAAGCAGAGCUAACCCAGACAGGUUUAUUUUGUAUAGAACUUGUUAACGUUAAUAUAACAUUGGUUCCUUUAUGAUCUGAAGUUCACGAUUCAUAUGGCGUUUAUUUUGUCACUCUUUAUUUUUGUAGUGCAGAGAGUAAUAGGCAAGCUGAUUGCAACAUAUUAAUAAGCGCUACGGAAUACGCUGGCGCUAUAUAAAUACCAUAAGAGUACAGAAAACAAGAGAAAUUGACAGAAUAUAACUUGACAUGUUGGGAAUGUGCAUGGUUUUGGUGACGUAAAGCAAGAAUAGUCAGACAGGUGUGUGUCAAAAGCAUGCCAAAGAAACUAAUUUAACAGUUAGGCUAGGUCAGUUGCCCACACUGCAGAAGAUACUGGACUGCACCCCAGAGAAACUGGGACCAGAAUAACCCCCAACUGACCAAAGGGUGGGGGGAGCUGAGUAGUCUUAGUAAAUCAGCCAGUAAUAGCGUCUGGAGAGUGGCCUGCCUUUCCAACACCUUCCGUUUUUGUAGGCCACAAGAGUACCCAAACCAACGAACUGGGCAAAAAGAAUUCCAAGACUCAUAUCGCUGGAUGCACCUAGGUGUCCCUGUUUCUAUGAGAUUGGUUCUGCACUGAAAAUGUCGGUCCGACAGCUGGAAAUCUAUGAUUUAUGGUGCUGAGCAUAGAAGUUCACUCAGCAUACGUCUGCCCAGCUUAGCAGUCUGGCUCCGACCCCCAUAUGGCAUUUAUUAAUGACUCUAAUUCCUUAAAAUAACUACUUUUAUAUAAAAGUGAGACAUAAAAAGUAUCAUAUAAAAUAUGUCCAUCUUAAUGGCAUAUAAAAUAUGUCCAUCUUAGCAUUAGCAGGGACAGACAGUCUCUGAACUCCUGGGCCCAUUUUGGUGAAUAUAUAUACACACAGACCUGGUACAGUGUAAGCAAAAAAAAAAAGAAAACAUACAAUUUGUGAUUUUUACAAUUUCCAGUGAAGUUAUAAACUGCUGGGGGUAUUGGUAUGUAUGUAGUGCAAGUCCGGAUGUGGGUGCAUAGUGUGAAUGCAUAUAUUUGUGUGUCCUGUACUGUUUGUUGUGCUUGUACACAUGAAUGCCAGGAUGCGUUUUUGUGUAGAGUAAAUGUGAGAGUGCACUGCUCUACUAUUGUGUAGUGUCAGAAUGUCUGUUUGAUUGUAGGGGUGUGUCUGUGUAUAGUGUCAGUAAUUGUGAAUGAAGAAGUUCAUUUGUGUGCGAUGUCAACACAAGAAAGGCGUUACAGUUUUUCCUUUUCUCAAUGUGUAUAUCAACAACUGGACACUAUAUUACAUAAUUUGUUGUUCUGAAGGAAAAUUGUCACUUCCUCCAGAUGUAAUUCCAUGCCUACUCUAGUAUCUACUGAUCGCCUUAAAGUGUGCUUCUUCUUUGCUGGUUUGUUUUCCUUGUUUUGGGUACUGUGACGAGUCUUUGAGCAGAGUUGGGCAAAAUCAGCAAGGUUAGGUAAUAAUCCAGCUCUGGACCUCACAGAUCAUGUAUGAUCACCAGGACAAUUAAAGUGGACUGUCAGAGAGGACUGAUCUCAGCAAGAUGCGGCUUCAGUGAUCAGUCCGUCCUUGAACAUUUAACUACUGUAUUCUGAAAUGUCACAGCUCAUUAAAUCCAUCUGUAUUUGCUAAUCUUCAUUAGUUUAGUGAUUUUGCCAAUGAUUACUGAUAAUUAAAACAGCUGAUCAAAACUUUAUUUACACAUUUUAUUAUUUGCAUUUAUUAAAUGUUUGAUUUUGCAACAUACAGUAAUAUUCAAUUAUGUAUUAAUAGUUUAUAUUUAACUAAAAUAGUUUACAUCAUUGCAGGAUGGUUAACCUGAGCAAACAUGUAAUUUAGGAUAGGUGAUUUUAAGUAGCCUUGCAACAUUUUAAAUAAUAACAGUCCAUUUCUGUAUAUCUGUAACACUAGCAUGUAAAAAAAAUAUAAAAAUUGCUAGUGUUUGCUUUAAUCUGAUCACCAAAGGAAUGUCACAAAAUACCACACAAAUGUAUAGGAUAUAAUACAUACACAGGUAUAUUCUGCAAGUAAAUCCUAAACAUGUUCAAUAACUGCUCAGGUUGGGAUUGUCUAAGCACCAUAGGAAAUUAGACAUUUUAAUAUUCAGCAGGCAUUGUCACUGGUUGCUUGAACUGAUGACACCUCCCUCCCUCCCAGUGGGAUAAUUAUUAAUGCACUAACUCCCAUUAUGCUCAGCCAGCCAUAAAAGCCUAAUCCGCAUGAUCACUAUAUUGCCCAUUCCCCAGGAGAGCCUUUUACAGAGCCACAAGGGGGCGCUAUGGAUAGUUAUUAACUUCAACAAAGCCAGAACUUUUUUUUUUUAAUAUAGUUUUCGUAUCACACAAUAUCCUUCACAAACUCUGAAAGCCAAUCCACUAAUUAAUCCUUACAUUUCAUGAUCUCCUGGGCAGGAAAUAGAGCCUGUGCCCCACUGCAUCGGAACUUGUAGUCCAUCAGCUGUCAGUGUAAAUGGCUGAAUGUUUUUUGGAAUCUCUGCGGUAAGAGAUACAUUGUGUCCCUGUACUCUGUGCUUAGAUUGUGAUACAAAGUGUUUUAUAUUAUUUGUCUCCCUUCUUACAAAUAUACUUUAUUUUAGAAUGACAAUGUGUCUGCUAGCAUGUCAGUGUGCUGCUCCUCCUGACUCCUCUACCCUUCUGGAUAUGGUAGAUAAAUUAUUAAUGGGGGUUGUCAGAUCCAAUCAGGCUUGCCUGCAUGUAUAUCACAUAUCCAUAUAUUUCAGUAUUCUAUUAAAAUGUAAUAUAAGAAACAUGGUAUGAAAAGCAAAUCAGUUAUUUAAAUGGUGGAUCCUUAAAAAUAAUACCCCAAAAUUGUAUUAAUUUGUUUCUGUCCUGUAGCAUAUGGUUACUUCAUAGCACAUGGGAUCAUUCACUUGUAGAGCUGAGAUUUGUCUGGUACAAUGCAGUGGAUUUGUUAAAAGAUGCAAAUGUUUGCUGUAGCAGUGCUAUGGUCUCCAUUUUCUGCUGAGAUUAUAUCAUUUCUUCAUACCAUGGCAGUACAGGGAAAGAGUGCCCUAAUGUCCCUCUGCUGCCUUAGGGAAUUCAAUAGACUAAACAUGGAGGUUCAUUCAGGAAUCCUGUUUGACUGAUUGAUCUCAGUUGAAUGUAAUUCCCUGUGAAGUUAGGUUGCAGUUUGUAACCACUCAUUAUUAGUAGUCUAAAAUUACUGGUUGGGAAUUCUGUGGAAUUGUACACAAACCCAUUUGUGUAGGAUGAAUCAAAAUCCUCUUAAUCUACCCCCGAACUCAAACCAUCAGGGAGUUACUUUGGGGUAAUUUAAACGCAGUUUAUUUAAUCAACAAUAAUAGCAAGAUACAGACCCAAAGUGUACACACAAGGUAAUUGUUAAGUAUACAUAAUGAUAAUGAUAGAAUAAAAAUCUAAUAUGGGUUUAAACCCAAAGCAGGUUGUGUCACCUUAAGUAUGUGAGAAGAUGUCACAGAAAAAAGUGCAUGAUGAUCCUAAUUUCGUGUGGAACGUCUAUAUAUUCCACUCAACAUCAAAUGAUAUCUCACACUGAAAUAGGGGUACCGCAGAAAUUUGCCAUAAUUUGUCAGUAGGGCAUACAGGCAACAACACAGUACCUUAAUCCAGAGCAGCGUAGCAGAGUAAAAAUCGACUAGAUAGGAAUUAUACUUUCUCACAUAAUGAACACUAUGGGGAAACAGACCUCACCACUGGGCAUUGGAGAAGACUGAUUGCCAGCCUCCUGCCAUGUGACUAUGGCCCCUGGGAUGUAUUGCCCUUCAAAGACAUGAUUUGGGCAUACUGGAUUUGUGUUGUGCUGCUGCUGGCCCUUUAAGAACCAUCUGGAGACAUACGGUGGAGUUACUGGGUGGCCACCAUUUCAUGUAUCAGAGGCACAAGGUGAGAACAAUGGAUGAAGCACAUGGUGAGAACAAUGGAUGGCGGAUGGCAUUUUUUACUUUUCUACAUGGUGCCAUCUUGCCGGUAUUUGGUGCACAAAGACAUUGUGCAGUAGUUUUAAACUAUACAGCAAGGGACACAUUAUACAGUAAUUCUUUUUCAUAUAGCCUGUAUAGGUUCUGCGGAAUCUGCAUUAAACUGUAUCUUCCAAACUACUGAACGGAUCUGGGUGAAUUUUGGAUAUGUGGUUCACCCAGAUCCCCCUGUUCCGAGGAUAUACUUUUAUGGGGUUAUUGCAUGUUUUGGGGUCACUGUGAUAUGUUUUGUAAUACUGUAUUUCUCUGCCUGUGAUAAUUAUAUUAACCAUUGUGUUCAGUAAUCAUAUCACAGGCAGAGGGGAGGAUUUUGUGUGGGAGUGUCUGUGUGUAUUGUACGGAUUGAUUGGUUGUAUUUCAAAACCCUGUGGGCAGUACUAUGUUUGUUGAAUGUGAAUAAAAAAGGCUGUAUGUGCCAGUACAGUCAGUUCUACUUCACCCUCAAUUUGGAGUGCCGUCUCUUAUUGGGGGAAUCUGCUACAAGGGAUUGCUAUGCUUGUCAUACUCCCUUGCUAAAUCACUACUAAGCUCUUGUAAGAGCUCGUUCCUGUCUUGCUCUCUGGAUGAGUCUACAGUGGUUAUGGUGUCGGCUGGAGUGCUUGGAGCCCUCAGGAAGCGCUAGGAGCAUCCUUCAACGGAGGUACCCAGUUGGGGUGCCAGGUGAUCCGUUACAAACACAAAUUCACCUAGAUGGCAAAAGGCUAGACCAUACAAACCUCAUCGGAAAAAUGAACAAACAAAUCAGCCAAUUACACACACCAACCGGUUUAGACUGUUGUCCGAUAAUUCUACUGGGGAUAGGAGAGAAAACCCCAGUUCCUCUUUUUAAGGACUGAGCUCCCCCUCACGAGCUCACGACUACCUAAAAAAAGGAAUUUAGUACGAGAACAAGAGGAGUCCGGGCUGGGGGAACCCUUAGAAGGAAGGAAGGGAGGAAAGAUGCUCAGAUGCUCAUAUAGGCAUUUUUAAUUUGACUAAUAAGGUUUUAUCUAAGAAUCAGCUGAAUGUUCUAAGCCAGGCAUAGGCAACUUUCGGCACUCCAGAUGUUUUGGACUACAUCUCUGUGACGAAAUGCCUUUUGUCACUGGAUUCUUAGGUGAUAAGUUGCCCUUUGCCCCUGGCUGUUGGAGGAGCCUGAGUGCCAGCCUCCUGCCUCAUGACUAUGGCCCUGGGUUGUAUGGCACUUUACAAACAUUAUUUGGGCUAAUGGAUUUAUAUUGUGCUGCUGCUGGUCCUUUAAGAACUGCAUUGUGGUUUAUGGACUUGUAUUGGACCAUGUUGGCCCUUUAAGAACCGUCUGGGGAUAUAUUGAGACUUUGUGUGACAAUGCCCCUUUAAGACUAUGUCCCCAGACCGUUAAAAUACUUUGUCUAUGGCUUUCUCCCCCUUGGUUCAGUAAAUGGGGCUUACUGAACCAGGUACCACACAGGCGGACCACCCAGAAGUGGACGUGUGCAGGCAAUUUACCUCCCAGGCUGGGAGCCUGCUGUAGGUAAAUUGCCGACCGCUGGGUGGCCGCAGUUCGUGCAAACCAACACGUGGCGGCGGCCAUCUUUGUUCAUUCGCACGAGGUCAGCGGUAUGUGUAGCCAACUUCAUGGAACUAAAAUGACCUGUACCUUCUCCUACACUGAAUUUGCAGCUGCAGAGACUAAGUCCCGUUCAGCAGUUUGAACUCGCUGUUAUACUAAGCUAAAUGCACGAACGGCUCCGUUCGUGCAUUCGAAUGGGACUUAGUCAUUUUUCUGUGUAAAAAAGGGACCUCCAGCUAACUUUUUAACCCCUGGAUGGAAUUGGCUGAAUUUUGGUUAUGUUUAUAUUUAAAGUAUGCUGAUUAAUAAAAUGAAUAUUUUUAUGAAUAUUGGAUGUAUAGUUUUAGAGUUAUGAAAGUUGGGUAAAAAGUGUGUUUUAAAAUGUAUGGAUAAUUGGGUUACCUCUCAGUCUAGGGGGAGGAGAUGUGUGGGAUGUAACCAUGGUGUGAUUGGGUAUUGUGUAAUUGUCUGUGGGCGUCUCCCUUGCUACACUCUGGGGAUUGCUAUAAUCACUAUACUCCCCAGUAUAAUCACUAAGCUCUGCUAAGAGCUUGUUCCUGUUCCUGCUCUCUGGAAUUCGGAGAGGUCAACCUACUGGAAGCUGGACCCUGGUCUUGGGUCCAGAGUGGGUGGAGACAGUGGUUAUGCAGUGGUUAUGGUGUCAGGCAGAGUGCUUGGAGGCCUUGGAAAGCACUAAGAGCAUCCGUCGGCAGAAGGUACCCAGUCGGGGUGCCAGCGGUUCCGUUACAAUCUCCCAUGAUGCCUUGCCAGCAUUAUGGCUGUAAGCACAUAGGAUGUAGUGCACAACAUUUGGAGUGCCAAAGGUUGCCUAUCCCUUUUCUAACAAAUGUCUAAAAUUUGCCCCUACUUGUUCCAGUGAUCCCUUUAACACUUUCAUUGACUUAAAGAAAUUCACCAGGAAAUUAUGGUUAAAAUUUCUUUUUUCAACAGUGUAAGGAAACCAAGUCUAUUUAAACCUCAUUCGGUAGUUUCCUCCCGAACCGCCAGGGCCUUAGUGAUUAUAGCCCUCCGUUCGGUAGAUAGAAUAGACGAACCAUAUAGUAAUCCCAAUAGCUUCACAAGAUGAUUCCCUUAGUGAAACACACGAAUCCCCAAACAUCAGCCGAAGUCAAGAAGAAGGGUACAAAAUGAACUAACUUUUAAUGGUCACACAGGCUUUUAUGCAAGUCCCCAUGCAAGGGGACAUCCCUCAGGGAGGGACAAACAUUAACCAACCACAUACUGGAAAACCAUAACACACACCCACAGUUCCCUCCCCUAGCUCUGGAGAUAAUUAAGUCUGAUAAAAUAAUAACUUAAUUAUCUCCAGACAGAAAAAAAAACCUUUUUCCCAAUAACUGGGACACCCCUUUAUACUUGGCGUAUCCCCACAAAUAACAUGUCCCCUGAUAGCCCUGAUCUGGGUGACCAACAUAUUCGAAUUUCACCCAGAUCGGUUCAGGGGGUCGCAAACACUAUGGAGGUCUUCUGUGACUGGCUCACCCUGGGCUGUAUUCCCAAAACAGUUCCAUAAGUUUGGUGGGUUUUGCCGGUCACUUUAGAAAGAGGAGAAAAACAAACAAACUACCGAAUGGAUACCCCUGGCUCUUAACAGCCAUCGUCCCCCUCUGUCGAAUGCACCAAAGUACCGAAUAGCGCUCUUCUAGCUAUUCGGUAAGUAGAGUUCCAGCGUUCGUCUGUUUGAGACCGGUGUUUGGGAAGUCGAGUGUCCGAUUUCAGUUCCAUACACUCGACUAACAAGUCCCGCUGCGAACAAAGAUGGCUGCCGGUUUCUCUGCCACGUGGCCUUCGGCAGACGAACGCUGGCCGCACAGACAGAGGCAUCAAUUGAAGUAAUCUUUGAUGUUUAACGAGCCAAGGGGGUGGUCUUUGUUCGGUAGUUACAUCUACCGAAUGCAAUAGGCAGAAAUAGGGUACUAAAAGGGGGAUUUCUUCAUAAACAGUAAGGAUAGAUACUUACAGAAUACAGAAAUAAAAAAAUAAAUUAAAUUUUUGUCCGAGAGCUGAAAUAAGUGGUGCUAUGCAAGUCUUUGAAAAUUUAGUAAUGGAGGAAGUUCGAGGAAUCACAAAAUACAAAACUAAAAAUAAAUUCAGUAGAAAUAAUUAAAAUUAUGCUGAAAGAAGAGCCUUGACAGAACUUACAAACGACCAAAAUAUUAUUAUUAUUAAACCUGCUGAUAAGAGGUGGGGGAAUGUAAUCCAAAAUCGAAAAAAUUAUGUAAAAUAAAUAUUUAGACAAUUAGAAGACCAAAAUACAUAUAAAAAGCUUACAGGUAAUCUAUCAGACAAUAUUAGAAUCUUAUAUAAAAUUUUAAUCAAUGGAUUUGAGCUCCAACAUAAAGAAACCUAAUCUGUCGAAACAGCAACAGGGCCUUAUCCAUAUGCUCUCAGCUCCCCCCUCGCAACAGGCCCCACCACCACGGCCGGCUUCCCCAGCGUCCUCGGUCGACGAGACUCACUUAGACAGCUCACCCUCAAGCCCAACAGAGGACCACGGCCCGGCCUCUAAAAAAGACAUACAGGGCAUGUUAGCAUGCCUGCAAAACAACCUGAAACAGAUGUGGGAGGCAGAUCUAGCAGCUUUAACCACCACAGUACCCAAGUCCAACAAAUACAAACCGCGCAGACCACAAUGGCCAGACAGCUUAAUGUAAUGGACGACAUUACAUUGGAGGAGGAGUCUGCAGUGGUUAUGGUGUCAGCUGGAGUGCUUGGAGCCCUCAGGAAGCGCUAGGAGCAGCCUUCAACGGAGGUACCCAGUCUGGGUGCCAGCUGAUCCGUUACACUCUGAUGGCUAUAUUUCAUAGAUAUAUAAAUUAAUAAUCAUUGCUUUUGAUCUCCGGUUUACCAGUAAUCUUUACACAGUUAAAGGAAAACUAUUGAUUCGUCACCAGAACUAGUACUGCUUAAUGUUGUGAACCACUAUUGACAGAUGUACCACUGUAAAAAGCAUUGUUUUGUCAUUAUUUUUAAAAAUCUUUAAUGAACCCUUUGCACGUUUUAACAAAUUGCAAAAUUAAAACUGAUCUAGCAACAAUAUUUUAUUUAUUUUUUUUGUGGCAAAAUUUUGAAUAAACCUGUCUUUAUAUCUCCUAUCAAGAUCUUGAUGGUAUCCACGGACUGAACUUACAUGUUUAAUAUUGGGAAACAAUACAGUUUGACCUAUUGUGCUUCUUUAUAUCCUGAAAAUAAAUAUUCUUCUGAAUUAAAACAGAAACCAUGAAUAAUGCAUUAAAGCACUGGAAAGAAUCUGCUACUCUGAUACUUGCAGCAGGAUCUCAGAAUGGACGUAUUGUGCCAAAAUGUAAGAAUUCAGCUCCGCGUUAUUGGCCACAAAAUCUGAAAAAGAGCUCUUUUGACUAUGAUGUUCUCCUAUUAAGGCGCAACAAGAAAAGUGGGUUCAUGCCAAAUGUUUUCGUGUUUCCAGGUGGUCUUGUUGACCCAUCAGACUUCUCCAAUGAUUGGUUAAAGGUGUUUGAAAGAAAUCAACAACAACCUAACUUUGGGCUGGGUUUGGUGAAACAGCACCCCAGUACUAGGCCUCCAAUGUUUGUCACCGACAGAACUCAGUUUGGAUCUCUGGUUCCUGGGGAGGUCGCUUUCCGGAUCUGUGCCAUCAGAGAGACGUUUGAAGAAUCUGGAAUUUUGUUGGUGGUUCCUGAGAACUUGGACGUGAAAGUCAUCCAGAACACCAUGGGGGUCUAUGAACAUGAUCAAGAGUUACUUUCCAAAUGGAGAGAGGAAGUUCAGGACAACCCUUUCCAGUUCAUCCAGAUGUGCAAAGAGAUGCGUUGUGUGCCGAACAUCUGGGCUCUAUAUGAGUGGAGCAACUGGCUGACCCCAGUAAUACCCAAUAGUUCAAGUCUCAGACGUUAUGAUACAGCUUUCUACAUUUGCUGUUUGGAGAAAAGGCCACGUACCAGUGACGACCAGAAAGAAGUCACUUCCUUCAAGGUGAGUGCAUUUUCUGAUCACGUUUACUGACCUUUCAUGAAAAGAAGGAAAUGGGUACAUUCAUACACACACUUACAAACAUGCACACAAUGACAAAUGCCUACACUCACACACAGCCCUACACACCAAUGCAGAGAUCGAUGCACAGAUUCGUACAUACAACAUGACUUCAGGCAUUCAGUGAAAGGGAAUGUGGUCACUCACUCAGCCCUGUUUACCACCAUCCCUCAUUUGCCCUGGUUCUCUCCGUGGAUCUGUCACCUGUUUUGGCUCAGUGAUUUGAAAAAAGAUGGGAAGAAAAUGUGUGUAGAUAACCAAAGGUAGAAAAUAAAAUGGUACAACCUGUAUAGUAAUUGGUGGAGUACACUAUAAAAAUUUAUAUCUAGGGGAGCAAAAAGAGAAUAUAGUGCAAUACAAGCGGCACAAAAGAGGGGUUUGGGGUUGCUAGAGAACUCACUAGAUGUUAGGAAAUUCAGGCAUGUCUCCUUCAAUAAUGGAGUAAAUCCGCUGGUGGAGAAGAUCUUCCAAAGAAACAAACUUCUUCAUACAGGUAUAUCGUCUUAGCUCAAAAUAAGGAAGGAAAAUAUAGUGCAGAUUGUAUAAAAGUAACACAUUUAUUGCACUUACAGAAUGUCAAAUGACAGACAGCACGUCUCCAUACAAGAGAUGGUAUCCAGGUUUCCAACAGAUUGCAGGAAAAAAUCCCAGGAUCACAGAUGCAAUAAAAACAAACAGAAAUAGAAAUGAAAAACAAUGUUGAUACACAAUUUGAAACAAGUGUGACCAGCAGCGGACAAAUCCUAGAGUUACAUGUGUUAUUCGUCACAAUGUUUCAUCCAUUAAGUAAAUAAAAUCCUGUUGCUUUAUAUAUUCCGAUUUGUUAUUUGAAUGUAUGAUGGAAUUAACAUCGCAUUGUGUUAUUCUCUUUGAUCUGCUCAGGUGUACUCUGUUUGUUCAUGUUCACCCGCUCACCAAAUAUCCAACCAGGAAGUACUCGGGAGCUGAAAGGUUGGGCAAGCAAUUAAUCUGGGAAUAUCUUGAAAUGAUCUGCUUGCCAAACAGUUGUCUCAGGAGGUCCAUUGUACCCCUGGCUGUAUGGGCAGUAACCCCUGUGAAGAAAUCCCUCUUUAUGUAUAAUAUUUCUUCAAUAUUCAUUCGGUAGAUAUAACUACCGAACAUAGACCACCCCCUGCUUCAAUUGAACCUUCUAUCUGUGCGGCCACCGAACGCCACGUGGCUUAGAAAACGGCGGCCAUCUUUUAUCAUGCGAACAAAGGCAGCGGGACUUGGUCGUCGAGUGUCUGGAACUAAAAUUGGAAACUCGACUUCCCGAACACCGGUCUCAACAAGCGACCGCUGGAUCUCUAUUUCUCGAAUAGCUAGAAGAGCGCUAUUCUGUACUUUUGUGCAUUCGAAUGAGGGGAACAAUCGCUGCUAAGAGCCAGGGGAAUCCAUUCAUGGAAUUAUUCUUUUUUUGCCCCUUUACUGAAUAGACUGGCAAAACCACCCAAACUCCUGGAACUAUUUUUGGCAGCCACCUCAUGUUUAGCUGGUCACAAAAGAACCGAUCUGGGUGAAAUUUGAAUAUGUUGGUCACCCAGAUCGGGGCCAUCAGGGGACAUUAUUUGUGGGGAUACCCCAUGUAUAAAGGGAUGUUCUGAAUAUAGGGAAAUAUUGUGAUUUUUCUGCCUGGAGAUAAUCAAGUUAUUACUUUAUCAGACUUGAUUAUCUCCAGUACUAGGGGAGGGAAUUGUAUGUUUGUGCUGUGUGUGUUUUACUGUUUUCCUGUAACUGAUUGGUUAUACUGUGUCCCUCCCUGUGGGAUGUCCCCUUGCAUGGGGACUUGCAUAAAAGUCUGUGUGUGGUCAUUAAAAACCAGUUCUGUUGUACCCUUCUUCUUGACUUCGGCUGAUGUUUGGGGAUUCGUAUGCUUUAUUAAGGGAAUUAUCUUAUAAAGCUAUUUGUAUUCGUAUGGAUUUCGUCUAUUUCAUCUACCGAACGGAGAGCUAUACUCACUGAUGCUCUGGCGGUUCGGGAGGAAACUACAGAAUGAGGAUUGAAUAUACUAGGUUUCCUUACAACCCCCUCCUAUUGAAACCACAUUUCAAAGCGAAUUUUUAUUUGCGUCAAAAUAAUGGACCUGCCAUUUUGAAAAUCAAAUUCCACUUGUUUUUACUCGUUGUUCCUACGUGAAAUUACUUCUGAUGAAUCUAACCAACACGCCAUUAUAAUGUGUAUUUGUAACAAAAAAAAAUCACUACUAACAAAUUAAAUCCUACUCUGAAUGUUGGCCCACCCUGUAUAUUUAUUGCUCGCCAUUAAUUGAACUCCUUUGUGUGAUCAGGGGUUAGGAUGAUCGUAUUAUAACAUGACAGUCUUAGUAUAUCGUCAAUCCCUUUAUAGAAGAUGUACCAAAUCAAUUCUCAACACUUUUACUGGGUGAACUCAUUGGAUAUUUGUUUAUAUUGUUGUAGAAAGUGACAUGUCAUGGCAGCUGAAAAGGAAGGUUAGAUGAAGACGGCUGAGUUAAUAAUUACCUUGUGCAGAAUUCAUUUAAUUAGCACAUCUCUGCAGAGAUGAAACCGCGUUUGUUGUCUCUAGAUGAUUACAAAGAUUUGAAAAAUAAAAACACACACCGGGUGAUUCACUGAGUAUCAAACGCAGCCUGGAUCAGUAAAAUUUGGCUAAAAUGACCUAUAUUUACUAAAGGAAAAUCUAAGAGAAAUGUUAUUUCAGCUGAAUGCAUAUAUUUAUCUGACGCCUAUUUUAAAUUCAGUAACAAACAUGGGAGUCUUAUUUUAUAAUAGAAUUUACAGAAUUUGUUACGGUGAAUCUACAGAUUUCUGCUAGCAGUCAGAGGCCAAAUGGUUGAAAUAGUAAAUAUAAAAUAACAAAUGUAAAAAAAUAAUAUAACUUUCAUAAACUUAAUAUUUUUUUUGCAAUUACAACUGGCAACUGAGUGCCUGAAAAUCUGGUUGAACCGAUCAAAUUAUCACUAUAUGUGAGUGUUCAGUUGUGUAUUUCCAAUCAUUCAGUUUCAGACUUCGAAAUCUAAUCGAUAGCUUAGAUCAGGGGUACUCAAAAGGUAAAUCACCAGAUGUUAUAGAACUACAACUCCCAUGAUGCUUUGCAUGCCUUUAGAAUGACAGAGCAUCAUGGAAGCUGUAGUUUUAAUACAUCUGGGGACAGAGGUGUAACUUGAAAUCACUGGGCCCCAGUGCAAAAAUUGCCCUCGCCCCGCCCCAAGCAUCUAAUCCCUCCCCCAUGCGUCUCAUACCCCCCUUUCUUCCCCCGCAUGCACCUCAUGCCACCAGCCUCUCCAUGUGUCAUUGCCUUCAUCCUAUCCCCACCAUAUGUGUCAUUCGCUCCUUCCCAGUAAGUAGUGUCUGUUUCUGUGAUUGUGUGUGUGUAGGGAUUCAGUAUGCAGUGUGUGUGUGUGUGUGUGUGUGUGUGUAGGGAUGCAAUGUGUGUGUGUGUAGGGAUGCAAUGUGUGUGUGCGUUGGCUGGGUAGGAUAGUGGCUGUGGGGGCUAAAAUAGGAGCAUCUGUUUUUUUUUAUAUUUAUUUUGUAAUAAAAAAAUAAAUAAUAAUAAUAAAAAAAAAAAUAUAUAUAUAUAUAUAUAUAUAUAUUUUUUUUUAAUAUAUCUCCCCCUCCCUGUGUCCAACCAGUAUCCAGGGAGGGGGCAGCGUUUUCCUUGGUGGUCCGGUGGUGAUGUGGAGGCUCUCUACCUUCACCGCUGCCGGAUGAAGGCUCUUGUGUGCGCGUCCUGACACCACGUGUAAUCGAACGUUGCAGUGGUUACAGUGGCAACGCUCGGAAAGCAGGGACUCAGCGCGGAGGUGAAGGCAGAGUGCCUCCUCCCCUUCCUGCUGCGCAAACUCUGCAAAGACCCAGGAGGGAGACCAAAAGAUCUCCCUGACCGGGUCUGAGUGCUUGUAAGGGGCCCAGGCUCGCAGGGCCCUCAGGUGGCAUGGGCCCCUUACAAGUGAAGUGACUGUACCGCCCGACAGGCCCACGGUCGCUGGCAUAGUAGCUGCGGCCGGGUCCCCUGAAGUGACCGUGGUAGGUACACAACUGACUGGUGAUCUUCCUUUUGGCACCCCUGACUUAAAUGAAGACAUUUUCCAAAUCCUCUAUUUUAGCCUAAAUUUGCAUAUUGGUUUCCAAACCCCUGAGCGUUUAUUAAAUGAAUUUAUAGAACACUAUAGUGUGACCAAUACAUACAUGUAUUCCAAAUGCUACAGUGUUCUGUUCACUGUUUAGAUUCAGGGCCUCCUAAAUUAAAAUAAAAGGGGAAAAAAAAAUGUAAAACUCGCCUGCUCCCUUUAGACUAUGGUCCUGCAUUUUAAACUUUUAUUUUACCGGCAGAAAGGUUUAUUCGUGCCUUUCUGCGGACUGUUAAAGCCAUGCUACCCCAGAUAGCUAUGCCAUGGAGCCCAGCUGUAUACUGAAAGACUGUAUGAAAGACUUUGGCUCCAUGGCGAUUGAACUGUAUUUAUGUGAUCUGAGCGCCAUUCGGUAGUAAUGUGCACUCAGAUCUAAGCUAUCUGGGGAUAUGUAGAAUGUCUAUGUUUUAUGGAAUAAAUGUAACUGUAUGUAAUUUUAUGUCUUUUAUUGUCCUUUGUCUGCCAUGUGGUUAAUGGAGUUUUGCCUCUGUUCUUGGAGAUAAUUGGAUUACUUCACAAUUAUCUCCAGGACAGAGAGGAGGGAUUGUGAUGUAAUUGUGGGUGUGUUUUACGGUUCCCCUGUAAAUGAUUGGUUAUACUGUGUCCCACCCUGUGGGAUGUCCCCUUGCAUGGGGACUUGCAUAAAAGUCAGUGUGUGGCCAUUACAGGAGUGCCUGCUUAACCCUCAAAGUGAAGUGUCGUCUCAUUAUUGGGGGAGGAUUUAUUGUAUGCUGUUCCAGUUUGAUUGCCAGGAGUGUAAGCUGAUUGUAUGCUUUUCCUGUAAAGCUGUUUCCAGUAUUCGUGAGUUUCCUGUUCAGGAGUUGGAGAAUUCGUGUAGUUUGCAGUUCGGGAGAUUGGUGCUUGCAGUAGCUGUCUGUGCUUCUGAAAGGGGAAUAUCGCCUAAACGGUUUUUAACCCCUUUUGGGCAAAACGGUCCGUUACAGAUUGGACCAGAAAAUGAAGAAGCGAUGCCUGGGGGAGGAGCGAGUGGCUGCUCCGGGUAAGUUUCGGUGCUGGAAAGAGGUAAGUUUAAACCUUUUUCCUUUUUUAAAAUUUAGAGUAACAUUGAGAACAAGAAGUGCAUGCGCAACACACUCUUCCAGUUGAAUACUCUCUAUAAUAAGCAUAGAUUGGUUCUUACAGUUGAAGUGCCUCUAGUGGCUGUUAGUCAGACAGCAGCUAGAGGUGUUUAGCCCUGUGAUCUGAUCACAAUAUUGCCAUAUCUACUGAACAGAAAUGUUUUACAUUGCAGGGUUAAAAUGACAGGACCACUGCACCCAGACCACUUCAUUAAGAUAAUGUAGCCUGGGUGCCUAAUUAUUUCUCUAUGAGAAAAAGCUCAGUAUAAUGAUCAGUGUGUUUCAUUUUUGCAAUUUUUGUUUUUUAGUGGUUGACCCCUCUGGAAGCUAUACAAGAAUACUUCUCUCGGAGACUCUUGAUCCCGCCUCCUCAGUUGUAUGAAUUUAGCAGGAUGUGCAACUUCAUUCAUAUUCAGGAGCUGUGCAAGUUCAGCCUCCAGCGUGCACUGGAAGGCUGCGAGCAGUGGUUGGGGAUCCCAAUAACUGUUCAAGAUGGCUAUGUAUAUACAUUACCAGGUAUAGUAUCCAUGGCUACAAACUUAUCUGCUUAUAUUCAGUAAAUGUGGCUUGUGCUUAGUUGAUAACCAAAAUGUAUGGUGGAAAUUGGAACACUGUCCAAAUUUAGUGAUGGCAUGACCCAAAUUUAGCAAGCCUCCUGACAACUCAACGUUAAGGGAUUCAGAUGUAACUUUAUGUAUUUCGAGAUACGUGCAUGGUACCUGGAACAUAAUUUCCAACUGUCCUGGAUCCAGCAGGACCUUCUCGAAUUUUGGUCCUCUUCUAACAUCCAGGGUUUGUUUCCUGGUGUCUCUCAUCUGGAGACACUAGCAAAUUGACCUCAGCAAGCACAACCCAUUCUAAGACUUGGUUGUGUUGUGCAAAGUGCGCUCAGGGUAAUAAUCCAACAUGCAGAGCACAUAUAAAGCUAGAAACAAGGAAAGUCAGGUUCUGUGGAGCCACUGAGUUCAUGCUCACCAAGGUAAAUACAAAAACUUUACUGUUUCUCAUCAUAGGACCAAGGCAUAACGGGGAGCAAAAGAACAAAAAAGUAUGUGUGCAGCUAGUCACUCUGUGAUAUGUACAUUAUGCACACCUCUCUGUGUGCUGCAUAUACCAGGGGAGUUCAUUAAUAGUAGAUUGAGAUUCCUACUAUGUUACAAAACCCCAAACAAGAAUACUGAUGGGGUAAAGCAACUGCUAUCUCAGAUUAAUAAAACUACACAUCUGGAUAAUUUGUUAAUCAUUGGAGAUUUUUAACUCUUCCUAACAUUGGGAUGUUCCACUCCCACCCACCCAUUUCAGUCAUACUCACAGGGUCGACUUUACUAUGUAACUAUGUACAGGACAGCUUGAAUGAAGAUUAACAGGCCAUAAAAUAGAUCUGUUUACCAAACCUGACGAACAUAACACUGGAAGAACCAAACACGCACCCAGAGGCAAGGACGACAAGACCCAUGACCAAGUGACAUCCUCUACCUGAAACAUACAAAAACCGAACCACUCAACCCAGAAUACUGACAUGAGGUUUCGCAAUAAACCGUAAUGAUACCAAUGAAAUGUAACGAAACUGCAAAAUAUUGGAUAUACUACUAACCUACCCCUACCUUUAUUCUGUACCUUAUACCUCACCUAAACUUGAAAAAUAAAAAAUGUAUUUAAAAAAAAAUAAAAUAGAUUUUUUACUUCCAAUUCGAGCAAAAGGUCACAAAAUGUCAUGUGAUAGGAGUUGUAGCCUACUGCUUUCUAAACAUCAUGCGACAGAGGGUGCUGUAUACACCGGCCAUUAAAGGGACACUUUAGGCACCCAGACCACUUCAGCUCAUUGAAGUGGUCUGGGUACAAUGUCCCUAUUGCAGUUCCAUAGAAACUGGAAUGUUUACAUUGCAGCUCUAAGUCUGCCCUCAGUGGCUGUCUACCAGACAUUCCUGAAUUAAAACUGACCUUUUGUCCGCUAUCUGAUUCUGGAUGUCCUGACCUUCAGCGUCAGAUUUUUACCCAUAGGAAAGCAUUGAUUCAAUGCUUUCCUAUGGGUAGGUUAAAUGUAUGGCAUUUGCUGCGCAUUAGACCCUGCUCGUCGCGGAAGGAGGCAGAGCGUCGACCAAGCGCUGAGCAACAUCGGUGCUGGGAAAAGGUAAGUAAAGAAAGGGUUUUUAAUGCUUUAUUUACCGUGAGAGGGAGGCGCGAGGGGGGGAGAAAUAGUGCCAAGAAUACAGCUUUGCGUUCCUGGCACUACAGUAUGCCUUUAACAGCUGCGGGUCACAUCUAGUGGAAGUGGAUACAGUUUCAUAGAAAUACCUUGUUGACAGUAGCAAUGAAGAUGAAUUUGUAAUUUGUCUUUCUGGACCUGAUCUGGCAGGGUAAUGGCUAAAGUGUUCAUGUCCUACAAUACCAGUGUUCUUUUGGAAGAGCAUAAAAAACAUAUAUACAUUGAGCUAGCAAAAUGCCAUCAAAUGUAUAGAUUCUGAAAUAUAUGUUUAAGAAUGUGAUCUUUCUGCGCCUAUUAAUCACUUCUUGGCACAGAGCUCAAUGACUAGACUUGAGCUUUGGGGAAAAUGCUUACAGGUGGCUCUCCUGCUCUGUCACAGAGCCAUUCCCCAAUAAUAAUAAUCUAGGUGUUACUUUUCUCCUACUAAUCCGGUGACAGAGAAGCCAGCAGGUCAGGGUUAUGGCUGAUGAAUGCUCUGUUUAGGUGGGUGUUCUCAAAAAAGGAAGGGACCUGUGUUAAAGGAACACGCCACACACUUAAAGUGCUUUAUCUGUGAACAGUGUGUCCACUUAUAUCAGUAAAUGUUUUUUUGGUAAAUUGGCUUGCUGUUCUCAGGCCUGCCAAACCACACAGCUCUUCUGAAAAACUCCCAAAUGGCUCCAAUGCCAAUGCUAUGCCUAAAUUCUAUGGGAAUUUAGACUAUGGAAACCUGGAGUUGGAGCCACAAAUUGGGACGGUCCCUCCAAAUCAGUCUAUGUUGGAAUUGUCAGGAUUAGCUGUAAAUCCUAAUCUCUUGGGAAACUCAUUUUUAGUCAGUAAGGGUUGUUUAGAUCUGACUAGCAUUUUUUUUUCUUUUCUUAUAAUACAUUAUAUAUUGCAUUAAAACGUGUGUGUGUGCGUGUGCGUGUGCGUGUCUCUACUCCAGCCUGGACUGUCCUUUUAACCCAUUAAAUCAGUAAUAUAGCAAUCAGUCAGGGUCAGUUUCACCUGAAUUUUUCUGUACCAUUUUGAUGAUAUUUAUUUUCCAUUUUGUAAGGACUCUUUUUUUUUGUGUGGAAUAUUUCGAGAAUGACUUUUCAAGUUAGACACCCAGCUUCCUACUCCACACUGUCAACAUCACAAAGUGCCUCUGUUUCACAUAACUAUCUUGUUUCUGCAGGUGAUAGCUUGUUUCCAGAAAAUCCUGACCUUACAGGAGAGAGGCCGACGCUUCAGUCUACAAACAAAACCCUUGAAGAUUUUUCGCGAGAUGGACAACACCAUAACAGAGUCCUGGAACAAAAUAAGAUGAUGAGUUUAGAUGUUAAUAUUGAACAGAAAUACAAACAUCUCAGUCCCAUCAAAACAGAUGUUCCUUGUAACACAGAGCCAAAGAGUAAGAUGUGA